GCGGGCAGAGAGAAGAAAGCAGAUCAAGGAAGAAUACGAAGAUGGGCUCGAUAAGACGAUCAAAGACAAAGCGGAGGACUCGCGACCUCGACCAGGUGUACAACGACAUCGCGGACCCGUCCACGCUGCAAAAGCUGUCGAACCAACCGAUAGACGAAGACAAGCCGGGCCUCGGCCAGUUCUACUGCGUCGAGUGCGCAAAGUACUUUGAGACCGACUUUGCCAACACUGUGCACCGGCGGGGCAAGAACCACAAGCGGCGGGUGCGGAUGCUGAAGGAGCAGCCGAUGUCGCAGGCCGAGAUCGACGCGGCGGCGGGCGUGGGAGUGGCAAAGUAUGCGGAGUUUGUGAAGAAGUAUGAGGAGGAGAAGAGGGAGAAGGAUGAGGAGGUGGAGAAGGCGAAGAAGGCGGUGAUGGAGGUUGAGUGAUGUGCUGUAAAUUAGUCGUCUUUGUAUACAUG